CGAUAUGCACGUAGGCAAAUUUAUCUAGAUCCAUAAUUAUAGCCCAAAAACGAGUUCAAAGGAUCAAGAACGUUGAAUUUCGAUAAACCUAAAGACAAAAUACAGAGAAGAUUAAUCAUACAAUCCAAAAAAAUAAAACUUCCACAUCUAAUACUAUAUUACAUUUUUGAGUCAAUAUGGAUUGUGUGAAUUCAUGUGAAGGUCUUUAUGGGGAAUUUGAAUAUCUACAGGAAAUUAUCUUGAAGUUUGUAGUAUUUAGGUAGAAGAUUCUUGAUUAAGAAACGUUUCACAAGAAUUUCAGUCUUGAUUCUUGAAAAAUCUGGUAUGGUUGAUUCAGAAGAUUGAAGAAAAUUUUAACUGAGUUACGUCAAAUGCAAGAAAACUCAGAAUUUCUGGACAAAAAUCAAGAAAAAAUAAUGGAUUGCGGAAAAGAACCUGUAAAACUCGACGACGAGCAACUAACUGAGCUCCGUGAAAUAUUCCGGUCAUUCGACCGAAACAAGGACGGCAGUUUAACACAGCUCGAGCUUGGCUCGCUACUCCGAUCACUAGGGUUAAAACCGAGUGAAGAUCAAUUAGAAGCGAUGAUACAGAAGGCGGACAAGAACAGCAACGGUUUGAUCGAGUUUUCAGAGUUUAUAGCGGUGGUGGAGCCUGACCUAGUUCAGACAAAGUCGCCGUAUACGGAAGAUCAGCUGAAGAAGAUAUUCAAUAUGUUUGACAGGGAUGGGAAUGGAUAUAUAACUCCGGCGGAGUUGGCGCAUUCGAUGGCUAAAUUAGGGCAUGCGUUGACGGUGGAGGAGUUGACAGGGAUGAUUAAGGAAGCGGACACGGAUGGCGAUGGAUGUAUUGAUUUUCAGGAAUUUGCUCAGGCUAUUACCUCCGCUGCUUUUGAUAAUUCUUGGCGUUGAAGAUUAUUAGGGAAAUUUGGUUGAUGUUUUGUGUUUGAAUUUUCGUAAUAAUCAAUGCCUGUGCUGAUAGAUAUCAUUUAGUUGUGAAACUAAUUGUAUCAGCUUGAUGAGUCUGUUGUAUCCAUGAUCACCAUACUUGCUGUGCUAAUUCAGGGGUAACUGAUUCCGGGGAUUAGUGUAUUUUGCAAUCUCA